AUGUUUCGAAGCCAAAGCAUAUCCAAUAUUAACGAAAAGAAACCCGCCGCAACCAAGUUCUUCAAUGCGUUCCGCAGAAAAGAGUUGAAGAACCGGUUCAGCUUGUCGGACUUGCGAGUAUCGCAGGACAAUACUCCACAAAAACUAGCACCAUCGAGCACCAAUAGUCUCAAUCACCAUUCAGCGGAAACUGACCGGGCCGGUUCCAAAUUGUCGAGGUCUUUGAAGAGGCUCUCGCUAAUCAACGCCAGUCCACUCACGGAUGAGCUUUUCGACAAUACCUCGAUCGACAUCGAGUCGGUCUCCUCGUACGACUCAAACAAGGAGAACUAUACAUGUGCACCAAGCCAUGUACAUGCGGAAAGCGCGUCUCAUUUGCCUCCACCAUCGCUUUCCAAAACUGCGUCUCCGGUAACCACGUCGACAAGUGCAUUUGCGUCGCAAUCGCCAUCGCAAGCAACACCAACAUCAACUGCAACCACAACCACAACAAUGGCCAAUAAUAAUAACCGGAAAAGAAUACACCGAACGACAAACGUCAAGGAUCUACACGAAUUCAUCAGCCAGAUCUCAUCGGAACAUGGAGAAACGAAACCUCCCGUGAGCAGUCAGAAAUCCGUCGAGUGGGAAUACCAAGAAAUGGAAAAACUCAAUGACUUGUUGCUGAAUCUGGCAACAACGAAUCAAUUGGAGCCGUUGACUACGGAAAUCACCAUGAUUGAGAGUAUGGUGUUUUUGAAAACGCACUGGAUGCUGCGUCCCAGGCUGAAUGAUGAUGCUGCUGAUGCGAGACUCAAGCUCUUUGUUCCUGAAUUGGGCAAUAUAAAUUACUCGCACGCGUUGAAAGUGGAGCAGUACCAUUGGGAUGAAGAGGAAGACGACGGGGAGGAUCAUGACUUGCGCUUGGUGUACUAA